UCCUUAUAGUAAAACGACAUCGUAGUCCCAAAUUCCUUUUUCCCUACCAUGCUAGGGUUUCGUUCAAGACUUCCCUCCCAAAAUAACGAUGGUUUUUUCUACUACUCAUAUCCAAAUCACGUUGCGAAUCAAACCUUGGUACCGACACAACCUCCUUCUACGACGAUCCUUUAAAACGUUUCUGUCAAUGUCGCAGGGAAAAUCCAAAAGACCAAUUUGCCCUUCAUGUUCCAAACCCACUCGAACGUGUCUCUGCUCUCGAAUCCUAACCCCUCCUAUCCCAAAUUCCGUUAAUGUAACCAUUCUUCAGCACUCUCUAGAGUGUAGUCACCCCCUUAAUUCUACAAGAAUCGCUAAAAUUGGUCUCAAGAAUCUCACAAUUGCCACUGUUUCUGAUGUUAAUUUUGAAUCUCGCUUCUUUAUUCGGUUACUCAAUCCCAAUUCAAAUUCUGUUGAAAAAGUUCCAAAAGGUUCGUUUUUUAAUGAAAUUGAAGAGACCCAUAAGUUUUUUCAUGGUAAAAAUUCAAACUUGAUUGAUACUGAUAGUGCUGAUUUGAAAAAUGGUGAAAAUGUUAAUCAAGCAAGUAGCAUUGGUGGUGGUUUUGUGGUGAAUGAUGAAGUUGAGAAAAUUUCAAUUCAUUCAAACUGUGAAGAGAAUGGAGAACCUGAUAUUGCUGUUACUAUUGGUAAAUAUGGUGCUAUUAGUUCUCUGUCUCAUAUUUGGAUGAAGCAAUGUGAAUCUCAUGAGUUAAGCUUUGACAAGAUUUUGUCUUGUCCUGAGGCUUGUGAAUCACUCUCAAAAGGGUUUUUGGUGAAGAAGUUGCAAAAGAAGCAAAUGAAUAGGGAGGAAAACGUGGAAGAGUGUGAGGAAUUUGAGCUCGAGGUUUGUCGUGGAUCGGUUCUACUUUUUCCUUCGGAUAAGGCGGUUAGUGUUGGUGAUUUGGAUGCUAUUGGUUUUGAGGUGAAGAACUUGAUUGUUCUUGAUGGAACAUGGGCUAAGGCUAAAAGGAUUUACAGUGAGAAUCCUUGGUUGAACGUUUUGCCGCAUUUGAAGUUGGAAGUGAAUGAGAUGAGCUUGUAUAGUGAUGUGAGGCAACAGCCUAAAGCUGGCUAUUUGUCUACCAUUGAGAGCAUUGUGUUUGCUUUGAAGGCACUUGGGGAGAAUCACAAGGGUUUGAAUAAUCUGUUGGAUACUUUUGAAUCCAUGGUUGGAGACCAAAGAAGAUGUAAAGAUGAAAGACUGAGCAAACUUGAAGAAGUUGCUUAGACCCAAAAUUUAAACAAUUUACAAUAGAUUAUGAACCAUGAAUUCACCGGAAAGUUAUGUAUGGAGAAAUCAUAGUCCAGUGAAUUUCUUGAAAGUUCUCCAAGAGCUGCCAAUAUCAAGCCACGAGACAUUGUGAGCGUUAAGGAUGAACUUUGAAGAUUACAGGAAGCUCAGCAGAGAGAGACAGUGUCAAAGCUAUCCAACCACUUGAUGAUGAUUGAAAAGAAGUUGAUUGUUAACAACGUGAAGAAAAGAAAUCUAAAAAUAAGGAGGAAAGGUAAAGGUGUUACAAAACAUAGACAUCAGUUUGUUUGUGUACACAUCUCUAUAAAAUUGUUAUGAUGGCAUAAAUGUAAUUGAAUUCUCAUAUCCUUUGGCCCUGAAGUUUUCACAUAAUGCUUAAAUGUCCACUUCUGGUUUUACAGAUCUAAUAAAAAAAAUUGCUUGUUUGGAUUUAGCA